AUGUUAGCCUCAUCACCAUCGGUAGGCCAUGAUGUAUCAUCAUCGGACGGUAAAAUAAAACCACUCUCGGAGGAAGUGAUUGCGAAAAUUGCUGCUGGAGAAGUGAUUGUUGCUCCAUCCAAUGCAAUCAAAGAGUUAUUAGAAAAUUCAUUGGAUGCUGGUGCUGAUUCUAUAACCGUUGAAGUCUCCGAUGAUGCAGGAUUGAAAUGUUUUAAAAUUAAAGAUAAUGGAUGUGGUAUUGGAGCAAAAGAUUUAGAGAUUGUGUGUAUGCGGCACACGACAAGUAAACUUUCAUCCUAUGACGAUUUAAAAACAAUUUCCACGUUCGGUUUUAGAGGAGAGGCUCUCAGUAGUGUGAGUCAAUGUGCUCACGUGACAAUAAUAUCAAAAACACAAGAACAAGAGUGUGCUAUUAGAGCUUCAUAUAAGAACGGUCGUCUGGAUGGAGCUUUGAAAAAGAGUGCCGGUAUAAAAGGAACAUGUAUUACAGUGGAAAAUCUAUUUUACGACAACAAAACAAGAAGAGAGGCGAUCAACAAGAGCACUGAGAUGAAAAAGAUUACAGAAAUUACUCGAAAUUAUGCUCUAUUCAAUACAGGAGUCAGUAUUACGUUGAAAAAGUUGGAUGGAAAGCCAAUUUUCCAUACUGAUACAAAAAGCACGGUAAAGCAAAAUAUAAAAACAUUAUUCAACAGUAAAAUAGAAAAAGAAAUAAUGGAUGUGGAUAUAAAGAACGACAAGCUUGAAUUGACAGGAAAGGGAUAUUUCACAAACGUCAAUUUCAGCUCAAAAGAAAAAGAGUUCAUUAUUUUUGUCAACAAACGUUUAAUCUCUCACAGAGACCUCAAGAAGGCUGUUCUAAGUGUUUUUGAGCCUUACUUACCAAAAGGUGGCCACCCUUUUGUAUUUUUAAGCCUCAUGUUAAACCCCAGAAAAGUAGAUGUCAACUUGCAUCCUACUAAAAAGGAGAUCCUCUUUUUGGAUCAAGAAGCAAUAAUAGAGGAAGUGAAAGAGACAAUUAGAAAGAAGUUGUUAGGCUCAAACGAGUCAAGAGUAUUUGAUAUUGCUCAAAAAAUAGCCUCGCCACGCCCAUCCACUCAAUCUUCCUCACGUUCCAAACCAUCAACACUGCUGUCGAAUGAAGAUGAGGAUGGAGACUACGUUGUAGUACCUGCUUCCUCUAGCUCUUUCACACAAAAGGAACAACCCAAAAAUAAGGUCAGAACAUCAUCUUCAGAUCAAACAGGACAAAUGGAACGAUAUAUCAAUCCCCAUAAAAGAGCUGUUGCUGAAGACAAUCCACCAGCUGACACAGAACCAUCUGUGAAAAAACGAAAGGAAACUGCUGCUGAAAACACUGACUCACAGCAUGAUGAUUCAAACGAAGAGGACGUACACAAAUUGGACAGUGUCAUUCGAUUAAAAGCAGAAAUCAAUGCAGAUACGCACACAGAGCUGAAAGCUCUAUUGAAAAAAAAGCUUGACAUUAGAGAGCUUGUUAAGGCAACAGAAAUUGAUAGCUUAGCCGUGACUGAAGUAGUUUCUCAAAUAUCCACUCACAGAGAACUAUUGAAAGCAUAUUUUGGAAUUGUAAUAACUGUAGAUGAUAAGUUACAAGCAUUGCCACACAUUCUCGAAAACUAUAUUCCUCCACUUCAUAGACUUCCAGACUUUUUUUACAAUCUCGCCACAAAAGUUGAUUGGAAUGAAGAGCAAGCUUGUAUUAAGGGUAUUUCGAUACAAUUGAGCAAUUUUUAUGGCUUGUGCGAAAGUUAUGAACUCGAAGAACUGCAGGAAAACUCCGACAGCCAAAUGAGUAAUGAGUCAUCAACCGGUGCAACAUCUUGUAUUUACACAAAAGAGAGACUACAAUGGAUCACAGAACAUGUCAUUUUCCCUUCCAUUAAGUUGACUUUCAAUCCACCAAAUGAAAUGGUGAACGAUGGUUCUGUGAUUGAAAUAGCAAACUUGCCUGACUUGUUCAAGAUAUUUGAGAGAUGUUAA